UUCUCGCCGGUGGUGAUCAUGGCAAAUGUUCAAGGAGACAGCGAACUUAAUGACAAGGCUACAUCAAAUCCCUUGGCUAACAAAAUACAGAAGAUUCUCUCCAAGCAGCUUGAAGAUGACAAGGAGCUGCUGGACGCGCUGAAGGACGUGUCGUCGGUGGUGCGCGAGAACACGCUGCUGACGCGGCGCAACCUGCGCGGCGCCAUCGAGCGGCGCAGUCUGGCCGUGAACGCCGAGUUCCUGGCGUCGCUGGCCGGCGUGCGCCGCUCGCUGGCGGCUGUGCACGCGGACGUCACUGGCAUGGCGGCCGACUGCGGCCAGAUGGCGGCGCGGCUGGCGGCCACGCGCCGCCGGAGCCGCCACCUGCUCGACGAGACGACCCAGCUGCGCGCCGAGGCCGGCCGGCUGGGCCGCCAGCAGCGGCUGCUGGGCGCCUUCACGGCCGCCUUCCAGCUGGCGCCGGCCGAGCUGGCGGCGCUGCGCGCGCCCGAGGUCACGCCCGCGUUCUUCGCGGCCCUGGAGCGGGCCGGCCGCAUCCACGGCGACGUCCAACUCCUGCUGCAGUCAGGCCACCAGCAGACGGCGCUCGAGGUCAUGGAGCAGAUGUCCAUCUACCAGGAGGCGGCGUACGAACGCCUGUACAAGUGGGCCCAGUCACGCGUGCGCUGCUCCGACACCGACAUCAACGUCUGCCUGACCAAAGCCAUGGCCUGCCUGCAGGACAGGCCUGUGCUAUUUCAAUACGUUAUGGACGAGUACUGCAACGUGCGACGCCAGCUGCUGGUGCGCGCCUUCAUCGACGCGCUGACGUCGGGCGGCCGCGGCGGCACCCCGCGACCCAUCGAGCUUCACGCGCACGACCCCCUGCGUUACGUGGGCGACAUGCUGGCCUGGCUGCACCAGGCGACGCCGUCCGAGCGCGAGGCGCUGCAGGCGCUGCUGCGCGAGUGCCGGCCGGCCGAGACGCCGGCGCGCCUGGACGCGGCGCUGGCCGCCGUGUGCGAGGCCGUGUGCCGGCCGCUGCGCGCGCGCCUCGAGCAGGUGCUGCUGGGCGCGCCGGGCGCCGUCGUGCUGCACAAGGUGGCCGGCCUGAUCCAGUUCUACCGCGCCACCAUCGGCCAGGUGGUGGCCGGCGGCGCGCUGCCGGCCACGCUGGACGAGCUGCAGGCGCUCGGCCAGCGCGCCGCGUUGCAGGCGCUGCAGGCGCAGGCGGCGCGGCUCUGCGAACGCGUGGCGCCGCCGGCCGGUGACCUGGCGCCGGGCUCCGCCCUGCUGAGCGCGCUCUCGCUGUUACGGGAGGCGCUGGACGGCGGCGGCGUGGUCGAGUCGCGCCGCCAGCAGGUGGAGCAGACGGCCGCCUGCCUGCUCGACCCGCUCAUGACUGCGCUGCUCGAGUCGGCCGCCGCCCUGUCGGCGCGCGACUGCGCCGUCUACCUGCUCAACUGCCUGCACCGGCUGCACACGACGCUGGCGCUGUACGAGUACAUGGAGGCGCGGCUGGAGGCGCUGCAGGCGCAGCUGGACGCCCAGCUGGAGACCCUGACGUCGGAGCAGGCGAGCAGCGCCGUGCAGUCGCUGGGCCUGACGCACAUCUACUCGGGCCUGGAGGCGGCGCCGGCCGGCCCGCUCAGCCGGCAUCCGGGUCUCGGCGAGGCGGCCGUGCGCCAGUUCCUGCAGCGGCUCGACGUGUUCCUGGCCAGCCCGGACAUGCUGGCGCUGCCGCAGCUGCGCCUGUUGUCCAGCUCCGCGCACCGGCUGGCCGUGCAGCGCCGAUCGGCGGAGGUCGUCAGCGUUAUCUACGCCCGGCUGCACGCCGCCGUGCACGAUCCGGCCAACGAGUACGCCGAGCCGGACAAGCUGAUGCCGCGGCCGCCUGACCAGCUCAAGGCCCUGCUGGUGGUCUAGUGGGCUGGAAGUCGGCCAGGAGCUCCACAGCGGGCAAGAGUUACGUUUCCGCCGUCGGUGUGGUGUGCUAAAGGCGGGCUGAGCGUGAUGGUGGUCCAAGCUAUUUUGCGAUUAAGUUAAAGGAUUUCCGCGGGACCAACACGGAACAGAGGCCAUGUGCCUUGCUUGCAAUGGGGGGGGGGGGGGAGGGGGAAAUGUUUGGCCGCGGUGUUGUGGGAGUUGCGGCCACUUGGUGAUUGUUAUGCUUGGGACACGCAUCUGUUAAAUUGAAGUUGUGGGAGCGACAAAGCGACGACGGCUGAGUGAGCAGUGACGAGCAUGUAAGCGUGUGUUCUUCCUUUGUUAUCUGUUGUCAUAAAGCUAGCCUGAAUAUAAAUAAUC